AUGGACGACGUGGGCGAUGACGGAUUUGGUCAAGGGGAUCAGGAGUUUGUCCCCAUUGUUGAUGAGAAGUAUGCAAAUGCGGCACGUCUUGUCAACGAGUACGUGUCUCGUGACAAACCGUUUGAGGAGACCUACCGGCCAUGUCCGCAGACGAACUGGAUGCGAGUACAAGGAACAACGGGAAGGUGCUUUAAGUCGUUCGAUUUUACGGAGUUUCGCCAUCGGCAAUCGGACGCCGAUGACGGCGGCACACUGAAGCAAGUGGGGACCUGGGAAGAAGCCGAACGUAUAUGUAUGAGUUUUGGUGCACACCUGGCGGCAUUAUAUACAACCGCUGAAAUGAAGUUUGCGCACAUGGUGCUUGACAGAAGACCUGAUGCAUGCUGGAUUGGCCUGAGGCGGCUUGAGCUACACCGUACGCGAAGACACAGUGACACUAGUAACGGAUGGAAAUGGGUAAGCUGUACACUACCUUGCAUACAGGAAAUAGAUACAUGUAUACGGAUAGGAAAUGAGAAAUAA